AUGACACUAAAUGCGUACAAUAAACACGUUGAAACACAAGAAGCUCCACCACCACUAACAAUGAGAGAAGAAGAAAUGCUUGAAAUUCAAAGUCGAGAAGCGAAAGCGGAUAUUAGUGUUGAUACAAGACAUCCAACAUUACAAGGCUUAUUUUUUCCAUUUGAUGAAAAUGUUAUUGAAGCACUCCAUUUAUUUAAGAAACAUUCAGUCAAUUAUAUUCAAAUGGAAAUUGAUCAUGAAAAAGAGCGAAUAUUAUUAUCACAUUCAGAUGCAAAUAUGACACCAGAAAAAAUUCAACAAUGUAUGCCGAACAAUGAAGGCCGAUAUCAUGUUUAUCGAUUUGUUCAUGAGUUUGACGAUGCUCCAUGUGAAAACGUGUUAUCAAUCUAUUCAGUUCCCGGAUAUGGUUCUGCCAUCAAACAACGAAUGAUUUAUGCAAGUUGUAAAGAGAGUGUAAUCGAUUAUAUUGAAAAAAAGUUUGCUGUUGUAUUUGAUAAAAAGAUUGAGAUAACUGAGCCGAGUGAAUUGACAACCGAGUAUCUUUUUCAAUUAUUACAUCCAGUCGAAAAUCGAACAUCUUUAAAAACACAAUUUUCAAAACCAAAAUUGCCUGGAGCAGGUUCACGUGGACCAAGACGACUGGUUAAAACAACAGAUGAAACUUCGUAA